CACAGUUCAUUUUUAUGUUGCGCUUAAGUUAUCGAGAAAAGUCGUCAGAAAUCCCCAAAUUGAUAAAUUGCUUGGUUAAUAAGGAACAUUACUGAGCUGAAGAUGUCCGCUGGCCCCGAGUCUACACAUGUAACAUCGCUCGGAAAGGGUGACACUCUGCAUCAACAGGUUCUGGCCUCCUUCCCUCUGUGUGACAUCACAGAGGAGGAUUUGACCCAGAACCCUCAGUUCUGUAAGCUGCUGGCCACCCUGGCACAACAUGUGGACCAAAGUGGACUCACUGUCCCACUGAAGACAGAGCUGGACAAGGCUGAGCAGAAGCUGCAGAGCCAGAGGCGUCACUGGCUGCACUCAGAGAGCCUCCACAAAGGACUGCAGGAGAUGAUCCAGGAGCACUGUAUCAGGAAGCACCACGCCACUGUACCCCCUGACCAGAACAUGUUCUAUGACACGAUGGAGAGGUGUCUGUUGGUGGCUCAGUGUAUCAGACAGCUGGACCCAAGCAACACUACAAACCAGCAGCAGCCCUCAAUUCUGGGUCUCAACCCCCAACAGUUGAUGGAGCUCACGCCAUUAGAGAAGAAUGUUCAAAGAAUGAAGCAAAGUCUUCCCAGAGAGCUGGAGAAACAUCUGAAGAAAAAGUGCCUGAGCCUGCUCUCCUACUAUCAACCUGAGUGGGAAAACGAGAGUGAGGGUCUGAAGAACAGCAAGUUGUCUCAUCUAUCAGCUCAGCUGGACAAAGACAAGAAAAGAGCAGAGAGUCUGAAGGAGACCUGCCAGGAAAACACACUCCUCCUGCAAAGACAGACUCAACUCUACCUCUCUGAACUGAUCAAGUGUAUUCAGCUUCUCCAGUCCUUCAUCUUGGACCACAGGCUGAGAGUCCAGACUGAUUUGGACAGGAAGAAGUUGGACUACUUGGAGGGAAAAUGUGGAUUAGUCCUACAGAAGAUCAAGACUGAGAUGGUGGAAAUUCAGUUGGACACGUACACUCCGGACUCAAUAUCUGCUCAUAGAAAAAUAAGAGAGAAGCUGGAAUCGGAGCUGAAGGCCUGUCAGGUGGAGAAGCAGUCUGUUGAGUUAAAGUUGGCCUCCUUUGAGAUCCUGGGCAAAGAGUUUGAGGCCUUGGCUGAGGAGUACUGCAGAUUACGACAGGAGAUAGAAAUGAAACACUGGGCUCUGAAGGAGUUUACCCAGUACAAGGACAAGUGAAGAUCAUGUCUGUUGCUGGGACAUCGGCCAGCCGUUCCCUUUUCAUAGUGUGUCAUUGCUCACAUUGACAUGCUGGCUUUUGGAUUCAUGACAAAGACAGCUCCUAACUUAACAAUGCUAUUUAAUUAACUUCAGUAAAUUCAGAUUUCUUAAAAUACUCAAGCGUCUUCAGCAUGUCACCAUGGUAAGCAGCCUUUCUGCCUUUUUUAGACUUCAAGGUGUUCAGUAUUCAUUACUCUUUUAAUAAGAUGCAGUUAACACUAA